GUGAAUAAUUAUAUAAGAACCGUAAAACUGACAAACUUUUCUAUUCAAUUUGUUGAGAUUACCUGUUGUUACACGUUCUUUAGGUUCUGGUAGUGUAGAUUUCUCAUUCAAUUCGCGUCUUUCCGCUUCAGAGAGACUAGGAUCGUGAUUCCAAUAGUUAAGCAAAGCAUUCUGAAUAAUAUUAGAAAACAGUAACCUCACUUUCUUCAAUACUGACCUGUAAAAGUUCGAAAAGUCUACUAAUAUCAGUAGAAGAAGGUGUCUGACCCCUCUUUUCGAUAUCUAUUCGUGCAUGUUUGAACCCCAAACUCAGACGAUGACCUAACUCCUCGAAACCAUCAACAUUUUCGCUAAUGUCAUUAAAAAAUGCUUCUAAAUGGGUUGAUAGAGAUAUGUAGAAAGUAGGGGGAUCAGAAAAAGUGGAGAUUCUUAAAUCGAUUGGAAGAACUAUAUAACUGUUGACAUCAGUCAAUACAUUACGUAUUAGAGACGUCUUUCCAGUUGAAGCAGCACCAAAGAUUACGGUAAAUGUAGCAUCCGAAUUAAGUAUAGUUCUUAUUCUGUUCUCCUCGGAUCUCUCAAAGUAAUUCGGUUGUUUAACGAAUGUUCUGACUGGGGGCAAACGUACUUUCUCAUUCGUUUCAAUUAACUCAUUUUUGACCUUUUCUAGUUCAUUCUUCGCUUCAGUUAUUUGAGUUAAUGUUUCUUUCGGAUUACCAAUUGCAGCUAAGUUUGCUUUAAUAAUGACUUAAUAUAUGCGUAAUAUCCACACCUAAAAGAUCACUUAUACCAAAUAAACUUCUUGCUUGAAUAGCGUUAUUGAAUUUUGAUAUUUUUAUUCGUCUGGAUAUUCCUGAGCAUCGAUGUAACAUUUCAAGGUUACUUUCAUCAUUAUUUCAUAGAUACAGUUAUGGAGUUGUACACAGGUGCACCCACAAAAUCACAAUUAUCUAAUAAGCGUCCAAUUUAUGAUGAUUAUGUAAAGAUCAUUUUUAUGAGAAUACCUUUGGAUCAUACGGAAGAGGAAUCGUUUGAUUUCCAUGAUAAGACUGAACUGUCUUCUAGCCUAAAAAAGGCGAAUAAUACGUCAUUAAUUUCUCAUCGGUCUUUGAAUACAACGAAUAAUAUCACACAAAGGAGCGACUUCUCAAUAAGGAAUCCACCCAUGUAUAAUUUUUCAGUUAAUAACUUGAUAUCUAUUCAAUCUGUAUACUUCAACGUACCGCAUAUACCAAACAAGCCAAUUAACGUCAUUUUAUAUAUACUAUCAGCUGAAAUAAAAUCAUUGAAACUAAAGAAUGGAUUGCAAAUGAAGAGAUUGUUUUUAACAGGUACUGAUGAAGCUGGCUUACCGAUUCAAAUUAGCAUUUUCGAAAAUGAAGUUAAAAAGAUAAACAGCGUGAACGAUGAAGAGAGCGUUUGUAGGACAGGUGACAUAAUCUAUUUAGAAUCGACAAAUGUUAAAGUCAGAGAAAUGGAAGGUAUACCCACGCCGUUCCUUACAAACGGAACGUACACGGUUUGUUAUAGGUACAACAUCUACUCUCAAGAUAAGAAUUGGCGUAGAUAUAGACCGGAUUGGCUAGCUACUCAUAGGCCAAGUUUACGUGUACUUAAAUUGUAUGAAUGGAUCGAAUCUAAUUUGUGACUUGUGACUAUAGCGAAGAAUCUGAAUCAGGAAUGAAUACAGACAUUCCAGUU